AGCCGCCGCAGCAGCGCGUCCUCGUCGUCCUCGACAUCGCCGAAGACCAGCUCCUCCAGGCACCGCUCCACGGCCGGUUUGUCCUCCUCCAGCGUCAGGCGGUGCUGCUGCCGGAGCCGUCUCUCCUCCGCCGCCGCCGCGACUGCGAUCGCAGCGGCCGCUGCGCUCGGCCGGGGCGGCGGUUUCCGCUGGGAUGAAGGGGCAGCCUUUCGGGGCGGCCUGCCCGGUCCCGCUCCGGCUCUCCGAUCCGGCCUUCUUCGGGGCUUCCGGUCCGGCCUCGCCCCGGUUCUCCGGUCCAGUUUCAAUCGGCUCCUCCGAUCCGGCGGCAUCGUUGGGUUUGGGAAGAAACGCAGGCGCUCACGUGGAAUCUCACUGCGCAUGCGCCCGGGCGCUUCGUUUUCCGCCGCCGCCGAGGCCCGGAGGGGCCCGGAGGAGCCUGCGCAGCCUCUCGCCACGUGACCAACACUCCCUCCCUACGUAACUCCCACUCCCCUCCCCGGCUCCUCCCCGUGUGGGCGUUCCUCCGGGAGAACCAAUCUUCCGGGUGUAGGGGGAAGCGGUGUGACUGGAGUGGAAAAUUUCUCCAACACGACUUCGUAGCUACAACAUAUUGAAAGGAGUGCAAGAAAGCCGGAGUAUAAACUGGGAUGACUGACUGGAACUUCUGCUCUUCCUCCUGAUUUUAACCACUCAACUUCACACAAGCCCCAGUUACCUUUGCCACCCUUCGUCUUGGUACGGCCCUUAGCGUACGGAGCCUGCGGAGGGUCCCACGCUGGAAGAGAGAGAGGAGGACAGAACUUUCUUCACGAUUCGAAAGGAAAAGGAGAGACUCAUUCGGGAUGUUUGACGGUUAUGAUAGCUGCAGUGAGGACACAAGUAGCAGCUCCAGCUCUGAGGAGAGUGAAGAAGAAGUUGCUCCUUUACCUUCUAAUCUCCCAAUUAUCAAAAACAAUGGACAAGUCUACACAUACCCAGAUGGUAAAUCUGGCAUGGCUACCUGCGAGAUGUGUGGGAUGGUUGGUGUGCGAGAUGCUUUUUACUCUAAAACAAAGCGUUUCUGCAGCGUUUCAUGUUCAAGAAGUUACUCGUCAAACUCCAAGAAGGCAAGCAUUUUGGCCAGACUUCAGGGUAAGCCUCCAACAAAGAAAGCAAAAGUUCUUCAGAAACAACCUUUAGUUGCUAAACUAGCUGCAUAUGCUCAGUAUCAAGCUACCUUGCAAAAUCAAGCAAAGACAAAAGCAGCAGUCUCCGUGGAAGGUUUCAGCUGGGGUAAUUACAUCAAUAGCAAUAGCUUUGUAGCAGCUCCAGUUACCUGUUUUAAACAUGCACCUAUGGGGACCUGCUGGGGUGAUAUCUCAGAAAAUGUGAGAGUAGAAGUUCCCAAUACAGACUGCAGCCUACCUACCAAAGUCUUCUGGAUUGCUGGAAUUGUAAAAUUAGCAGGUUACAAUGCCCUUUUAAGAUAUGAAGGAUUUGAAAAUGACUCUGGUCUGGACUUCUGGUGCAAUAUUUGUGGUUCUGAUAUCCACCCAGUUGGUUGGUGUGCAGCCAGUGGAAAACCUCUUGUUCCUCCUAGAACCAUUCAACAUAAGUAUACAAACUGGAAAGCUUUUCUAGUGAAACGACUUACUGGUGCCAAAACACUUCCUCCUGAUUUCUCACAAAAGGUUUCAGAGAGUAUGCAGUAUCCUUUCAAGCCUUGCAUGAGAGUAGAAGUGGUUGACAAGAGGCAUUUGUGUCGAACACGAGUGGCAGUGGUGGAAAGUGUAAUUGGAGGAAGAUUAAGGCUAGUGUAUGAAGAGAGUGAAGAUAGAACAGAUGACUUCUGGUGCCAUAUGCACAGCCCGUUAAUCCAUCAUAUUGGUUGGUCUCGAAGCAUAGGCCAUCGGUUCAAAAGAUCUGAUAUUACAAAGAAACAGGAUGGACAUUUUGAUACACCACCACAUUUAUUUGCUAAGGUAAAAGAAGUAGACCAGAGUGGGGAAUGGUUCAAGGAAGGAAUGAAAUUGGAAGCUAUAGACCCAUUAAAUCUUUCUACAAUAUGUGUCGCAACCAUUAGAAAGGUGCUAGCUGACGGAUUCCUGAUGAUUGGGAUUGAUGGCUCAGAAGCAGCAGAUGGAUCUGACUGGUUCUGUUAUCAUGCAACCUCUCCUUCUAUUUUCCCUGUUGGUUUCUGUGAAAUUAACAUGAUUGAACUUACUCCACCCAGAGGUUACACAAAACUUCCUUUUAAAUGGUUUGACUACCUCAGGGAAACUGGCUCCAUUGCAGCACCAGUAAAACUAUUUAAUAAGGAUGUUCCAAAUCACGGAUUUCGUGUAGGAAUGAAAUUAGAAGCAGUAGAUCUCAUGGAGCCUCGUUUAAUAUGUGUAGCCACAGUAACUCGAAUUAUUCAUCGUCUCUUGAGGAUACAUUUUGAUGGAUGGGAAGAAGAAUAUGAUCAGUGGGUAGACUGUGAGUCCCCUGACCUCUAUCCUGUAGGGUGGUGUCAGUUAACUGGAUAUCAACUACAGCCUCCAGCAUCACAGUCAUCAAGAGAAAGCCAAACAGUUUCAUCAAAACAGAAGAAAAAGGCUAAGUCCCAGCAAUACAAAGGACAUAAGAAAAUGACUACAUUGCAGCUGAAGGAGGAGUUACUAGAUGGAGAGGAUUAUAAUUUCCUUCAAGGAGCAUCUGAUCAGGAAAGCAAUGGUUCUGCCAACUUCUACAUCAAGCAGGAGCCAUAACGUGGCUCAGAAACUGAGGGCGGGAGGGGAAGCAUUUUACACAGGACUGAUUUAUAAUCAAUUCAGCUGUACAGCGGGGCUAUUCUACUGGGACAUUUUGCUAAACAGAAAAUUUCAGUUCCAGAUUUUUCAGGUGGGUAGGGAAACUAUUUUAGUCGGGGGAGGGAUUUUUCAAUUUAUAAAGAUGGACAAUUUUUGUGUUGUUUUGAAGCUUUUGAAAGAAUUUUGUAAUAUUUUCCAACUUUGGAUUUAUGUGCAUUGUUAACAAGAACUGAAAUUCUAACUUUUUUGGUAAGAUUAAAGUGUAGGUAGCAGGAUUGAAGGAAAUGAUUUAAGAAGGAUAUAGUUGUAAAUGCAAAUGAACUGUCAUUACAAAUGAACCUUUUUGGUACCUGUUGGGAGAUUUGGGGAUUUUAGAAGUUAGGCCAGUCACAUCUCCAGCUUCCUUUGCUGCAGAAAUAUGCAACUGACCCCCUCAUGGAGGGCUCAUCACCACAUAGAUCAUGGAAGGGGUAAUUAAUUAUUCUUGUUGGCAUUUUAUUGUAGCCCAUUUUAAAUGUUUGUACAGAAAUGUUUUUCAUUCUGUGAAAAUUUAUUUGGAGUUCUGUAUGAAACUGGAAGAACUCUGGAUACUUUUAUAUGUUCUCUUUUAGUUAAAAAAUGAGUAAAAUUAUCCUAACACUAAAGUGUUAAACUGGAAUGGUUGACAAGAUAUACAGGAUCUCAGUCUACAUGAUGAGGAGUUGGGAAAAAUGCAAUACUGUCCUGUUUUUUAUUUUCCUUAACUAAAAAAUGCCCCACAAAAGGGACUCUGAUCAGUUCUUUGCCAUUUCCCUCCAUCUGUGAGAUAACAACUUGGCAUAACCACACCCCAAAACAAAUGUUCUUUCUGUACCACCAGAAGAAUCAAAUUAAAAGUUGUCCAAAGCCAAAAUAAGUUUAGAUUUCGAAAUCAUUCCAGCUCUGCUUUUAACUA